CUUCAAGAUUUUUUCCUCUUGAGGGUUCCAUGAUGCUGUAUAACUCUGGUCCUUCUAUAUCCUCUCUAAGCAUAUAUUUAUUUUAUAGGUCUCUCUUCCUUAUACCACCAAUGCCUUUCCAGUCUCCUAAGUGCCACAAGGCUGUGUUUUUGGCCCCCAUUAUAUUGUACACUUUCUCCUUUCAAGAUCCAAUAACUACAAAUGCCAUCUGUAUGCAGAUGACUCCUAAACUUCAUGGCGUAGGUUCAGCAAUUCUCCUGAUCUCCAGAUCUAUAUUUCCAACUACCUACUGGUCAUCUCCACAUAGUGACUGCACCAGUAUGUGCCACACAAUUAUCCAAAACUGCUCUCACCUCCUCAGAAAACACUUUCUCCUCUUAACCUUUGCCUCAUUAUUGAGGCUCAAAUCCCUUUUCCUUUUCUCUUCCCCAUAUUAAAUCAGUCCCUAAAAUUUGUUAACUCCCUUUGAACUUAUUUCAAUCCAUCCCCUUCCUUCCAUUCCCAUAACUACUACUCCAGUUAACUCUCAUCUAGACAACUUUAAUGGUCUCACAUUUUAUCUCAAUAUUUUUGUCAAGGGGUCACAAACUGGCAAUCCACAGGCAAAAUCUAACCAGCAGAUAUGCUUUGUUUGACCUACCACAGUGUAUUCUCAAAUUUUUUAUCAGUUGCAAAUUUAAAAAUUGAAACAUAGAAAUCUGGAUUUCUACUGAUUAUUGAAAAAAUGAAAUUAACUGGCAGCAUUAAGUCCUUUUCCUGAGUUGGAGAAAUUUCCUAGAGCUGAGGUUGUCUCCUUUAGACUAGACAUUCACCCUCUAUAUCCUAUUGUCUUACACUAAGUGUUUCAAUUACUUACAUAUCUUGUCCAGUUACUACAGGCAUUGGAGUUGGUAACCCAUGUUUUAUUGUCCAUACCCACUAAUCCAGUUUGUAUAAACUGACUUUCCUGAAAUCCAAACCUCCUAAUAUUAUCCCAUAACCAAAAACCUUCGAUGGUUCAGUAUUGCCUAGAGAAUAAAAUACAAUUUCCUAGCAUGGCAUCUAAGGCCAUCAACAAACUGCUCUCAAGUUUCCACUACUUGCAUUCCCUUCACUGCUCCCACAUAUACUCUGUGCCACCAGCAUAGUGGGUUAAUUUUGUUCCCUGAAAAUGCUCCACAGUUUUUUGUUCACAGUUUUCCCUUCACCUGCAUCAUCUCCUUCAUACCCCACCUCCUAACACAUCUAUUGAAAUCCUACUUAUCCAUCCAUACAUACUUCGACUACACUGGCCACAAUACUUUUUUCCCUUUUUUCCCAUGUUCCUACAUGGUGGGUCCCUAGGCUAUGUCAAAUGCAAAAUGACCCAGAGGGACAAAAGUAAUCUACUACACCUCACUUGGUCCUUCUUUAGAACUAUAGGGCAGCACCUUUAGAUUUUACAAUCCAAGUCUCCUAGCUGGCAUCUUGGUUCCCAAUCCUCUACCCACUCAAUAACAACAGGAAUUUUUGUUGUUAACAUAAGAAUAGCUAUCAUUUAGUAAGUUUUUGCCAUAAAACAGGCACUGUGCCAAGUAUUUUACAUUUAGUAUCUCAUAGUCCUUUUAUGCCAAUCCAUAAAUUACAAACUAGUAAAUUACAAAUCACUAGAGGCUGAGUGAUUUUCUUGCUUCUGAUGUGUCUUUGCUGUAGGGGAAUCAGUGGGGAUUAGGACAGAAUCUAGAGAAAGAAGCAUGGGAGACUCUGAUUUAAGGGAAAGGAGUCAAAUUGAUCUUUAAGGUUUUUAUAUUGUCAAGACAAUUAACCAAGAUGACAAGAGAGAUAGUGAUAAAGAGCAGAGAACCAGCCAGGAAAGAAGAGCACACACAAAAAAAACACAUUUGGCUGAAAAUAUCUGUAUCUAUAUCUCUUGAGAACUUAGAUCAAUCAGCAACAGGUACAAAAUGCAACAAAAGCUAAAGGAAGUUUAAUGUCUGGAAAAGUUGACAUGAUGGGAACCCAAAUCUGAGAGCUUCAAUCAAAGAGGCAUCUUGUCUACUGAAUUGAAUUAGCUCAGUUGGAUAGCACUUUUCAACAACAAAAAAGUCCAUUAAAGAACAAAAAUUUUAAUGUUUUACCAUUGCACUACUAAUUACUUAUAAUUAUUAUAAUAAUUAUUAUAAUUAUUACUUAUAAUUAAUAAACUUAAUAUAUACCAAUUUUAUAGUAAUAUAGAAAAUAAAAGAAUUCUGAGAACUAAACCAUGCAGAAACAGUCGAUGAACCAGACAGGCAGAGGGACCCAGCAGAGACUAGCAAAGCCUGUAAGUCAUCACAUUCCAUUAGAAACAUCCAGUUGAAACCAGAUGAAAAAGCACUGCAGCAAUACUCCCCAACAACUGCUGGGACCACUGAACUCAGAAACACAGCAAGAGAUCAUAUUUGAAAUAUGGCUCAAAGUGACUUCCUCUACCCAGAGAACCCAAAAAGGCGACAAGAAGUAAAUCGUCUUCACCAGGAGCUCCUUGACUGCUUAUCUGACAGCUUCCAUGCCACCAAUAAGCUGAUUGGGGUUUUAAAUACGCACUUAGGGUGCAGGCUGGCCUCCAUUGAAAUGAAAAGAGAUGCGACCAUCAAAGAAAACUGUGAUAUCAUCAUCCAAGCCAUGAAGAAAAUCCAAAAAGAAUUGCAAAAGGUUGAUGAAGCACUAAAAGAUAAACUAGAGCCAACCCUUUAUAGAAAACUUCAGGAUAUUAAGGAAAAAGAAACCGAGAAAAUUGCAAUAGUACAAAAGGUUAUUUCAGUCAUCCUGGGAGAAGCUACUUCUGCUGCCAGUGCAGUGGCUGUUAAACUCGUGGGCUCAAACAUCACAACCGGCAUAAUUAACAAGUUGGUCACUGUGUUAGCUCAAAUUGGUGCUUCUCUCCUUGGUAGCAUAGGAGUUGCUGUUCUUGGCCUUGGCAUAGAUAUGAUCUUCCGUGCCAUCCUGGGAGCAGUGGAGAAAACACAGCUUCAAGAAGCCAUCAAAAGUUAUGAGAAGCAUCUGGUGGAAUUCAAGUCAGCCUCAGAAAAAUAUCAUCAUGCCAUUAUUGAGGUCACCAACACAGUGAAACACCAAAUGAAAUAAACAGUUACUUUAUUUGCCACUGGAGUAUUUUUCUGCUUCUUUCUCAGUAAUAGUGUUUUGCUUCUUUGAUUAGGCUCAUUUUCCAUAAGCUUCCAAAUAGACAUAAAUACCAUAAACAACUCAGAAAGAGGACUCAAAGAUGCUAAAACUAGAUGACUCUAGAGAGUCUUCUAUCAACGAUGAAUGCCUGGAUCAGUUGGUGCUAGACCCUGUGAGUAAAAGAUUACAUCCUGGUAUGUCUUCUCACUGUGCUCUACAGAUCAACAUUAGGGUGAAUGCUAUUGUAGAGCAGCAGGUGUAGGGGUUACCUUUUCCUUUUCUAAUUCCCAGUCAAAAUCCUUCAAAUUUGCAUUGAAUGCACAGACUUUCACUUCUACCACCAGCUCAGACAUCAUUUAGUUCUAAGGGACAUACUUAGUAACUUCUGCCCACAUGCAAACACUGAGCCUUCCAAUGGAAUAGAAAUACUACCGUAAUUUUGACCAUCAGUUUAAAUCCAAUUAUCUGUAAGUUGGAAGAGACUGAAAUACGGUUUGUAGCAAUUUAUGUCAACGAUGAAAGGAGGCAAUCGUUCUGUAAACUUCUACUAAUUACACACUGCAAUCUGGAUGGAACUUUAAGAGGGAAAAGUUAAAACUAUAAAAGAUAAAAGUUGUUUCUAUAGUUGCAAUCAACCCUGACCAACUGUGGUGUGAUGAUUAAAUAUCCCUCAAGUGAAU